UGUAAGGUACAAAAACGUUCAACGAGAUAAAUGAUUUUAGAACAAAGAAUUAGUUAAGGUUUUUGUGUAAAAGAAAAAGAAAAAAAAGCCUAAUGAAAAUGUAACGUGAGACCAUCUGUAUACUUGAUUAGAAGUUAAGCGUGCAAACUUCAUACAAAACAGGUACAAUUUAUCGUUGGGUUCAAUAUAUUAUUAUGUGUGUACGUUGUGGCAGCUUGACAUUGAGUCGCUAUUUAUGUGACUGCGAGCUAAUGGAGAAUAUUAGAACAUAAUUGCGUUGCAGAUAUGACAUGUUAAUUCAGACUGGUCGCGCACCACUUGCAAUAUGUUCUUCGUUGCGAUCUGGAAGCUUUUCCGACUGUUGUUGGGGGUGAGGGGUCAUUAACAACAUAUAGGACAACAUAUAGGUUUCACAUUUACACAAUGCAUAGUAAUUAUGCGACCUUUAUGUAAAUUGCACUCGUGUCCAGCUGUCGGAAAGCAUCAAAAAAGUUUUUGAUUUUCUUAUGGAAACAAAAACAGGUUAAAACAGGUAGCGAGUUUCGCACAGUGGGAAGACGCUUUUGAUAUUCGGGCAACAGGUCAUGCGCAACGCCGCAAGACAUAUUUUCUUUUCAUGUCCCUCCCCGGCUCCGUGCUUCUUUUCCGAUACUGUGACUGUUUUCAAUCUAUCAGCAUUUCACUUAUAGGCUACUAAUCAUUAACAGAUAUAUAAUUAAAAUAUAUGUACUGUGAAUGAUACAGUAAUGUGUGUGGUUAUUCAGAGCACUACGUUCUUUUGUGGGUGUUUAUUAUGUAACGUUAUAUAACCCUUUGUAAAUAUUCACAGCAUUAUUUGAUUACAGAGGUCUGCCUCAUGACAGGUGAAAGAGAGCAGGUACACAGGGUUUUAACCCGCGCCCUGUCAUCAGUUCGCCAAGCGGAAUCUGAAUUGAGGUCUCAUACAACUGACGAUAUAGAUGAUUUUGAUGCAGCCUCUUUUGUCAGUGAAACAAGGGCCUUGUUUAGAAGUAGAUCUGUGGACUCAUCACAAAGGACAGGAAAGACAGGCAGAAAAAAAGGACGGCAAAGGGGACAUUUAUGGAAGACUCAUUUUUUCUUACUGCAAAAGAACAAUGAAGAAUUUGUACCACCACCGUCUGAACUAUCAAGACUGACAAGAAAUGGAUUAGGAGUUCCUAAAUGUGAACAACCUGCUACCAAUGAAAGAUAUGGUUCAAAAUCUACUGUUCAGCGAAGCUGGAGUUUAAGACAGUUAGAGAAUUUUGUGCAAGAUAGUUUUCCUGACGUUCCUUUGCAUCUAACUGGCUUUACCUUUGCAAAGGCAGAGAAGGGUCGGCGUCUUAGUAAGCUAAACAUAACGUCUGCAGCUGACCUACAAACCAAGAUAGGAAAAGGAAAGAUUUUUAUAGUUCCUAAUCGUGAUAUACCAUUGCCAAUUGAGAGAACAGAAGGAAGGAUGUUAAAUGAAAGCCGUCAAGUAACAGCAGGAAGCAAUGCAUCAGUGACCCAAUUGCAAGUUCAGGAGCAGGUGCAUAUACAAGAAUUGUCAAAUGGAAAUAUUGGUACAAGGACUUCAGAAAAUCCCAUUGUAGAAGACUACCACCAAAGAGAAAAUGAGGUUAUGCAACAACAUGCUACCAAUGCAAUGGCUGAUCUUCUAGAAAAUGAAACAUCAGAAAACAUCCCACAAAGGGCAGCUGAAACUGAGAUUCUGGACAUUGAGCAACUAUUUCAGGCUGAUAGCUUCGAAAAUGAACUGAUUGCAGCUGGCCAAUCACAGUUUCAAUUAUCAGAAUGGACUACUCAUCCAUCAACGCCUCCACCACUACCUUUCUCAUAUGUAAAUGCUGACACACCAACAGUUCAGCUCCACCAGUCUCUUUUGGGAGAAAAGGAGCAGGAGCUUGAAAGAGCUUUCUCUGAUCUAGAUGUGUUAUUGGAAGAAGAAGUUACAGUUGAAGUUAAAAGACACACUGUUCUAGAAGAUGUACAAAGAAUUUACAGUAAUCAAAGUAUCAUCAAUAAACGUUUACAUGUUAACUUUAUUGGGGAAGAGGGAGAUGACUUUGGUGGGUUAACAAAAGAUCUUUUUUCUUCUUUUUGGAACAGUGCUUUCAUUCAGUGGUUUAAAGGUGAGGAUGCUCUUGUCCCAUGUAUACCAGUAAAUCAAUAUGCCAAAGCGCAGGACAUUUUUUCUGUUGUUGGUAACGUUUUGUCACAUAUGUGUCAGCUUAAUCAUUGCGUGCCACCCAGAUUUUGUAGAUCAACACUGCUAUCUGUUGUGUUUAAUACCUCUAUGAUUGAUAGUAGAACACUGUUGGAUGACUUUAUGCUCCAUGUAACAGUACCUGAACGAACCUUGCUGCAAAAGGCUUUGAAUAGUUUUGAAAAACUAAGCAUUUCUGAAAAAUCUGACUUGCUGACCUUUUAUUCUGUGAAUGGCAUGCACACAGUUCCUUCAGCUAAAGAUUUUAGAGAGCAACUGGUUCUUGUAGCACAAAAUGAACUGGUAAUAAAACCAAUGUUCUUGAAUUGCUUUAUAAGGCAGGCUAUUCCAGAGUCUCAUAUGAGAGCAUUUUGGUCACAGUUAGAUACAGACUUAAUUUCGUACCUGUACUGGCAGGAGAUGCCUACUGCAGACCGUGUGUUGCAGUGUAUAACAACUUCUGAAAAAGACCUGAAACCUGAAGAAGAAGUUGCUUAUUACUAUUUACGUGACUUCAUCAAGUCAGUGGAUCAGGAUGAAAUGUCCAAAUUUCUGCAUUUUGUUACAGGAUCCCCAUUACUGCCAAAUGAUGGCAUUACAAUAGUAUUUAAUAGACUUUGUGGUAGCCUGAGGAGACCUAUUGCACACACUUGUAGCAAUACACUAGAAAUACCAGUAAGCUAUGCUUCAGUACAGGACUUCAAACGAGAAAUGAAAUCCAUUCUAAAUUCAGAGAAUGCAUUUAUAAUGACAAUGCUUUAAGGUAGUGGUUAGAAUCA